UUCAUUACGCACCUGAUUCCUCGAUCAUGUCACUUCUAGAAUAUUGUAUGUUUAAGGCUCAGUUGGAAUCAAUCGGCGUUCUGAUUGAGUAGAUUUCGUGUGAGUUAGCGCUGGAAAUCGGAGGGUGCACGCCUAGAUUCCAUGAACGAGCUUUGGUUUGGUUUGUUUCUGAUGAGGUUCUCGUUGGCGUGCGCGUGUUUGAUUUCCCUGGCACCUCGGGGUUGCAGGAUCCCGUUGAACACAAGCUGGACCGGAGACCUUGAGGUUCUGUUCAGCUGGUUGCAAUGCACGGAGGCGAUGAGGUAUCGGCGAUCGUCUUCGACCUUGGUUCGCACUCCUGCAGAUCGGGCUAUGCAGGGGAGGACCAGCCCAAGUCUGUAUUCCCAUCGGCCGUGGGGUCAGCAGAGAGCUUAGGAGCAAACACAGACAAGGAGGCCAAGAAGCCUGGACAAGCCGAAGUGGCCAAAGUGAGGAAACUCUAUGCAGGUGUACAAGCUCUGGGCUACCGCAGAGAUCACAUGGAGGUCCUACCAGCUAUGAAGGGUGGCCUAGUUGCAGAUUGGGAUGUUGUGGAAAGUCUUUGGGAUCAUGCUUUCAGAGAUAGGCUAUUGAUAGAUCCCAAGGAGCACCCAAUGCUUAUCGCAGAGCCCUCAUUCAACACUCAACAACACCGCGAGAAAAUGGUUGAGCUAAUGUUCGAGAGGUAUGACGUACCAGCUCUGUUUCUGGCUAAGAAUGCGGUUUUGACAUCCUUUGCGUCAGGACGAGCAACAUCUCUCGUUGUGGACUGCGGGGGAGGCUCUGUCAUUUUAGGCUCUGUGGCCGCAGUACAUGACGGUUAUGUUCUCCAGAAGGCUGUAGUUCGAUCGCCAAUUGGAGGGGAAGUCCUAACCGAUUGCCUUCAACGGACAUUGGAAGCUAAAGGCAUUAUAAUCAGACCACGCUUCUCAUUCAAGCGCAAGGAGAUUCGUCUCGGAGAGUAUGAGUUGAUCCCGCUUGAUCCUCCAAACACGACAGACAGCUACUACGCUUAUGCGCAGAGAGCUAUUGUGGCCGACAUAAAGGAAUCAAUAUGCCGUGUGCCAGAUUCAGCUUUUGAUGAUUCUUCGUACGCUAACAUUCCAACAACGCCAUAUGAGCUUCCAGAUGGCCAGAUAAUUGAAGUCGGAGCGGAUCGUUUCAAGAUUUCAGAUAUCCUAUUUAACCCCACCAUUAUUCAGACAAUUCCUGGCAUGGAAAAUUUUAGUACUGAAGCUGGUACAACUUUUUAUGGACUUCCUCAAAUGGUGAUUGAGAGUAUUAACAAAUGUGAUGUUGAUUUACGGAGAGAGCUCUUCAACAGUGUGAUGCUUGCUGGUGGUACUGCUGCCAUGCAUCAAAUGAAGGAGCGGUUAGAGAAGGAUCUCAUGGAAGAAGCACCACCAGCUGCUCGUGUGAAGGUUUUGGCCAGUGGCAACGCCUUAGAACGUCGAUUCAGCGUGUGGAUUGGUGGCAGCAUUUUGGCCUCAAUGGGGUCUUUCCAACAGAUGUGGUUCUCUAAAGCAGAGUACGAGGAACAUGGUCCUACGUAUGUCCAGAGAAAGUGCCCUUAAAAAGCAUAUCAAAUGGCAACCGAAAUCAUUCCAUGAAAUAUGGGAGCAACUCCGAACGACCAUUUUUCGGAUGCAAUUGAAUGGGACGGUAAACAGUAGGUGACAGACGUAAAGCAUAUUCUCCAAGAGGUUAAGUCAAAUCUUGGAACAUGAUCAAUGGCAACAAGUUGCCGCAGUAACGCACGAUUCCGGUCCGAUGAUGUGUCAAUGAAGCGCUGCAGGGAAUCUCCGACCCUAAAGGUCACAACAUCUGAACGUAAGCUCCAACUAUACUAAACUUCUAGAGGCCUAGAGUGAAACCAACUCCACUGUACCUACUCACGGAGAACUGUUAUGGAAGAGCAUUGUAAUUAUUCUUUGUCGUUUGUGUGAGGCUGCCCCUGUCAACUGAGCUCAAAGCUCGGAACUAGAAAGCCGGCUGAUGAAAGCUGAAAACCAAAUUCGUUUCAUUAACUGCCGCGUGGAGUGGCUGUUUGGAAGACAGUACAAAUGGUAUGUUUGACAGGGUUUUCAUUUAAAGCAUAGAUUCCAUCCAUGAAGAUGUUUUGGACUGUUGAAGGCUUGUAUGGAUGCCCUAAGUGGAAACUUAAUCUAGGAUAUGAAAAUAAGCUUUCGAUGUUAGAAAGGGUUUCCUCUUCUGUACGAGGCAAGGAUUAAAGAAACAUGUGACAAUUCACCGGCUACAAAUACAGCAUAUAUUUUACUUCUUUAUAGAACAACAGUAAAACAGGACUAAAAUCAUGAACUCAUUUGUGAACAAAGUAAAUUAUUAAUAAAUAAAUGGUUUUCAUUAUA